AUGGAAGUUGAUUGCGUGUCAUUCAUGCGGAGAUGUCACAAAUGCCAAAUAUUUGCCAAUAUCAUUCACAUUCCUUCAAAGGAGCUCCAUUCAUUAAAUGCUCCCUGGCCAUUUUCAACAUGGGGCAUUGAUAUAAUUGGGAAAGUCAUGCCAAAGGCAUCAAAUGGACAUGAAUUCAUCCUUUUGGCCAUAGACUAUUUCACCCAAUGGUUGGAGACGCAGUCUUAUGCUGUCUUGACAGCUGUAAAAGUGGCAAAGUUCAUUAAAGAGAUCAUUAUAUGCAAAUAUGGAGUGCCACAUGCUCUCAUAUCCGAUCAAAGAGCACAUUUCUGGGGAAAAGCGGACAAGUUCUACACCAAGUUUGGUAUUCAAAGGUAUUGGUCUACGACUUAUAGACCACAGACUAAUGGGGCAGUGGAAGCAACCAACACGAAUGUCAAAGUCAUAUUGCAUAAAAUGGCUGAUACCCAUACGGAUUGGGCAGAAAAGCUCCUGUACGCAUUAUGGGCCUAUUGA